GACACUAUUCAAGUAAAGACCCUGCGCCACAUGACAACUCACAUCCUGAAAGACAGGGGUUGUUGACAACUGGGUUAGAAACACUGUACUGCCUACAAGCGUGCAUACCACGUCACCAAGUAAUACAGAUAAUACCAGUGCCCGAAGUAAACGCGGCAAACAUAAUCGACAACAGCAACCCACGGAACAAACACAGCCAUGUCCGAAUACAGUGAAGAUCAAGUUCAACAGCUGGUGAAGAAGAGCCAUGAGAUGAAGAAAAUGUCUUACUGUCCGUACAGCAACUUUCCCGUCGGGGCAGCCCUACUCACAGCCGACGGGACUGUGUUCACAGGUUGUAACGUUGAAAACGCUUCAUAUGGCCUGGCCAUCUGCGCCGAGAGGACAGCCAUUGUCAAGGCCGUAUCAGAAGGUCAUCGAAAGUUCAAGGCCAUUGCCAUCGCAAGUGAUCUGAAAGAAAUCGCCAUUGUGCCGUGUGGUGCGUGUCGGCAGGUUCUGGUUGAGUUUGGUGUGGACUGGGAUGUGAUUAUGACCAAACCGGAUAUGACGUACGAAGUAAUGAAAACGAAGGAGUUACUUCCCUUGUGUUUUGGACCUACCUAUCUUCAAAGAGUGAAGGCUGUAUAAAGCAACAUUGAGUCAUUUAGGAGAUAAACAUACUGUGUUUUCAAUGUAGAGCUAGGUUAACUGUAGAUUUAACCGCGUGAAAUUGAAUUUGGAAACGAACGCGCAGCGUGAGGUUUCAGAUGUUAAAUUUAGCCAUUAUGACGUCAUAUUGCCCUUUGUGACGCAAUAGAUAUGACGUCACGGUCGUAAACAGAAAAGCGUCAAAUUCCAAGCACUCUGUUGUCUCAAACCUUAAACACAUUCUCUUGUAGAUUUCUAUCGUGAUUUCUGCACGAAAUGUAUUGCCCCACAUCCUUCGAAUAUUGUAGUAACCGCACCUUUGAAUGUUGUAACCUGUAAUUGUAGAUAUAAUUAUUUAAAUAUGCCUUCCGACAAUGACUGAAAAAAGUGCUAUUCUAUGAAUAUGAGCUUACGCCGUAGUGCGGCCGUCAAACCAGCUGUUUCAAUCAGACGGGGUUUAUUUUGAUUUAAUAGCCUCUCAUUGACCAAUCAGAAUCGAGUAAUUUGCAAAUUCAUGGUAGAAGGAAUAUAAGGAGUUGAAGCGACUGUGUUUUCAAUGUAGAGAUAAAUGUACAGGAAACGUAGCUCUACAUUGAAAACACAGUAUGUUUUACUCCAUUCUAUCAUGACUAAAUAAGGCGCGAACUAUUUGGUGUUAGCAGAUAUAUUGAGUGAAGCGGCAUGGGUUGAGUCCAGUGUUUUGAGUGGGUUUUCUAUCUAUAUUUCGGAAUCACCGACAAAGGCCUUUAAACACAAUAUGGAGCUGUUUUUGCUCAAGCAUUUUGUAAUGCUCAAGCAUUUUGUAAUUUUGUAAAGCACACUGUAAUGCUUCACUCGAAUGUACGCAGGGCAACUUCGUAAGCUAACAUGAGGUGGGCACCCCUGAAGAACACAAAUCAAACCUUGCAAAGCUUUAGUUUCUACACCGCGCGUCACCAUUAUGACGUCAUCUCACAUUGUGACGUAAAUGAUAUGACGUCACAGUCGUAUAUAGAAAAGUGCCAAAUUCCAAGCUCUCUGUUCUCCCCAAGACUUAAAACACUUUCUCUUUACAGAUUUCUAUCGUGUUUUCUGCACUCAAUCUAUUGACACACAUCCUUUGAAUACUGUAGCGACCGCCACUUUGCACUUUGUAAUCUAUUAUUGUAGAUAUUAAUUAUUUAAAUAUGCCUACAGACAAUGACCAAAGAAUACUAUUCUAUAAAUCGGCUGUUUCAAUCAGAUUCCGGGGUAGAAUAGGUCUUCAGCAACCCAUGCUUGCCGUCAAAGGCGACUUUGCUUGUCGUAAGAAGCGACUAACGGGAUCGGAUGGUCAGGCUCGCUGACUUGGUUGAUGCAUGUCAUCGCAACCCAAUUGCGGGAAUCGAUGCUCAUGAAAUCAAUGACUGGAUUGUCUGGCCCAGACUGAUCGCAGCGUCAUGGGUGUAAGUCUAGAAGUUAAGAGACAGCGAAUUGAGACUUUUCUCCUAAGCCACCUGGCAAGAUCAACGAAACGCCAUGUUGACAGCAGCUACUUUAUGUGGCGAUGUUGAAUUAAACCCUGGCCCCCGUGAAGAUCCGGGGUAGAAUAGGUCUUCAGCAACCCAUGCCUGUCGUAAAAGGCGACUAUACCUGUCUUAAAAGGCGACUAACGGGAUCGGGUGGUCAGGCUCGCUGACUUGGUUGAUGCAUGUCAUCGAUCCCAAUUGCGUGGAUCGAUGCUCAUGAUAUUAAUCACUGGAUUGUCUGGUCCAGACACGAUUAUUUACAGACCGCCGUCAUAUAGCUGGAAUAUUGCUGAGUGUGGCGUUAAACAACAAACCCAGGAAUGAUAGUGAUGCAUCCCCAAAAGAUACGAAGAACUGAUUUCUGUCAUAAACUCGUCGGGUAUGAUGGAGCUGAAAGCAGAGACGAGUAAACUGAAGAUGAAGGUCAGUAAAACACAAACACAGGUGUUAGCGCAGCUGCUGAGCCAAUGACGAAAACAGUAAAGGUCAAAUGUAAUGACUCUAAAAUGUGGCUUGGCAAGGAAUGCAAUUUCUAUAGAUGUGAAUGUCCUCGACUCCUCCUGGUUUAAAGAUAGCGUAAAGAUUGCGAGUCCCUCAGACGUUACAUAAGAGCAAGAAAGUACACUAUUGCAUUACGGGAGAAGAAAAGACGGCAUAAUGAUUCUAUUCGUGAUACACUAACAGCCAACAUAAAUAAUGCAAAAGAGUUUUGGGAGGGGUACGACAUAUGACUGAAAUUAACCAACACAAUCCGAAUAUAAUUACUGAUGAUGGUAAUGUUGAUGCUAUUGUUAUUGAUAACACUGAUGUCCAUGUUGAUGAUGCAGCUGUCAGUAUUUAGAUGUACCAAUUACAAAAGCUGAAAUAUAUCAAUGUAUAAUGGAGUUAAAAUCAUCCAAAUCUGCUGGGUCGGAUGAUAUUAUUGCCGAAUUCUUUAAUGGUGGCAACGACUUGUUAUUACAGAACCCUGAACUCAUUUUUAAUAUAUUGUUUGAUUCAGCGCACUUUCCACAAUCCUGGAGCACAGGCAUAUUUAUACCAAUUAUCAACACCAAGUCAUAUGGUAUAUAUUUUGGCUAUAUUUGGGAACAUCAAUCUGUCGGUAACGUUCUUACAUUUAUUUCAGAAUUUACAUUUCGGUUAAAGUCAUCCUACGAACAAAACUGGCAUGAUGCCCCCCCCAAAAAAAACCUGUUAAAAACCGCAUAGUUAUUCUUUGUUUGGUCUGGAAAUGUAUCUAUGUAAUCAGUGUCUCUAAGUUUAGAAAAUGUCUUACAAACCAGAGAUGUCGUUCCCAUCAGUGAGAAUUGAAACCGGACGACACUGCCAACAACCAAGAUGUGAGAGAGUAUGUUUACUGUGUAACAAAUUGUAUAUAGAAGAUGAUUACCAUUUCAUCCUUGUUUGUGAUAUAUAUCAAUCCUCCAGGAACUGUUAUAUACCAGCCAAAUUCUGUGUCAAUUAUUCUAUAAAUGAAUUUAAUACGCUCAUGUCCAGUAAAAAUGAAGGAUUUUAAAGAAUCGUGCAAUGUAUGUAUAUAAAUCUACAGAACUAAGAAGAUCUCUGCUAGACCAAAAUAACACUGUCUCUCUGUUGGAUAAGUGAUAUGUUCAAUCUUUAUUUCACAUACUGAAGAGGCCACAGGCCUAUAGUACAAUUUGAAGAAUAUACAAUUUUAUACCAUUUAUGUACAUAUCUCACCAAGUCACCCCACGUCAUUCCACCUCGCAUCUCAACGCAGUCGCAUAAUUUCACAUAUACAGUACAAUACCAUACCCUGUAAUUUCAUAAUUUCUAUUUUACCAUAUCACAACUUGUUAUAUCAUACAACAUAUUCUAUAACAUCAUAUCAUAUUGCAUCAUUACUAUAAGAUCAUACUAUAUAGUAUUAUUUCAUAUACCAUUAUCAUAUCAUAACAUACCAUACAUACCAUUGUACCAUAUAUCACACCUAUAUUAUAUCACAUUUCAACGUGUCAUAUCACACAACACAUUAGCAAUUUCACAGCUUGUCCCAUCAUAUCUUAUCAUAUCAUACCAUAUAAUGCCAUGUCAUUCCAUGCCAAUUUAUUUCAUAUCAAUCAAUAUGUAUUCAACACUGGAAGACCGCAAGCCAUAUAAUAUGUACACUAAAAAACAGUAUUUACACAAUUUCUAUAAUACACAUAACAUAUUGCAUCAUAUCCCCUCAUGUAUCAUAUCACACCACAACACUUAUCAUAUCAUAUCACAUCAUGUCAUGUCACAUCAUAUCAUUUCAUAUACAUAUAACUAUACUAAACCAUUUGUAAUAUCACGUCCCACAAUGUCAUAUGACAGCCUAGUAGUUUAAAACCAUUUCUAACUCUUUUGUUUGUAGUUUAUUCAGAUGGCAAAUAUCUAUAAAUAUGUACUUAAUGUAUAUACACAAUAGUUUCCUAAUACCAAACAGCUAAGAUUAUUCUUUCAUAAGGUUCUGUCGGUUUAAAGAGGCAUAAUAUAUGUACAUGGAAACAUUUUGUAAGAUACUUCUUUUUGUGUUUGACAGCAGUGUAACAAAUUUAAUAAUAUUAGGGUACCUGUAAUAAUAAGCUUGCAGGUAUUUUUCUCUAAGGUGUAAAUACACCCGACAUACGAGUAAGAAAUGAAAUUCAUCUUCUACUGAGUUUAAACUACAUAGAUUACAGAUUCUUUCUUCACGAGGAAUGUUUACAUAGCGCCCUGUUUCUAUUAAAAGGUCCUGAGAAGAACGUCUAAAACGUGAAAGAGCCGUUCGAAAUUUUUUAACAUUAACUUUUGAUAAAUAAUCUUCUAUAAUUAUUUCUGAUUUAAACAUUUUGUAAUAAAAGCACUUGUUUGUUAGAGUCAAUGAUGCAGUCCAAGAUUGUAAAUAAAUAUCCUUUAAUCUCUAAUGAAAGUAUAAACAUUGAUUUGGCAUACACAUUUUGGUUUUGCCAAAUAUCACCAAA